UUAUUUUGAAAAAGAAAAUUUAUAAAUCUAUAAAUAAUCUUAAAAAAGACGAGCACUAUGGCUUGUCGGUUGAGGACGAGCACUAUGGCUUGUCGGUUGAAGAAGACGAGCACUAUGGCUUGUCGAUUGAGAAAGGCUAUGGCUUGUCGGUCGAGGAAGACAGUAAGAAGACAUUGCUUCAAAUAUAA